AUGUAUUCACUCUCCACGAUCGCACCGGUCGUCGUAGUCCUCGGGCUGGUCGGAUACGUCGUAUCAGAAUGGAUCUACAACCUCUUCUUCCAUCCCUUGGCCAAGUUCCCAGGACCGAAGCUCAAUGCCAUGAGCCCUGUGCCUGGUAUCCUAGCUCUCAUGCGUGGCCGGCUUCCUCUCGAGAACAAGAAACUGCACGACAAGUAUGGCAGCGUCGUGCGUGUCUCGCCGAAUGAACUGGCAUUCAACUCUGUUGGCGCUUGGGAGGAUAUCUACGGGCACCGACCUGGGCAUCCUAAUAUGCAUAAAGGCAAGCCUGAACCCACUUCCCACCCCAUCCAUGUCGGCUCAGUAGAGGCGGUUCAAGGCGUCACGACUCUGACCAUGGCCGAUGAUGACAACCACGCCCGGCAGCGAAGGGCGUUGUCUCACUCGUUCUCCCAGAAAGCUCUGUCGGAGCAAGAGUACAUCGUCAAGCGCUACGUUGACCAGCUGAUUGAGAACAUGCACCGGAUGGCUGGCAAGGAUGAGGAGUUCAACUUGGUUAAUUGGUUAAACUACACGACUUUUGACAUUAUUGGAGAUCUUGCCUUCGGCGAGCCGUUCGGAUGUCUCGACCUCGGGCGGUUCCACGAAUGGGUCUCGAUGAUCUACGAGACCGUCAAAGCGGGCGCCUACGAGCAGGCAACUCGCCGCUUCGCUCCAGCUGGGUCCUUAACACAGCGAUGGCUCCUCAAGCUGAUCCCGGCCAAGAAGCGAUGGUACCGUACCGAGCAUCUCCGCCGCAGCAGGGAGAAGUGUUACGAGCGACUGGAAAACGGCAACUCGAACCACCGAGACUUCAUCUGGUACAUCUUGAAGCAGCAGGAGAAGCAUGACCUCAAGCAAGACGAAGUCGUCGUCAACAGCGCGCUCUUCAUCGUAGCCGGCUCGGAAACCACAGCAAACCUCCUCUCAGGACUCUUUGCUCGGCUUCUCUGGAACACGGAUAAGUACCAAAAGCUCAAGGACGAGAUCCGCAGCAGCUUCACAAAUGAGUCCGAGAUGACCAAUGAGAAUCUGAUGAAGCUUCCCUACAUGAACGCCUGCAUCGAAGAAGGCCUCCGCAUCCAUCCUCCCGUCCCAACUGGCCUUCUCCGAACCGUACCCAAAGACGGCGACACCAUCGACGGUAUGUGGGUUCCAGGCGGCACAUCAGUGGCCGUGAGCAGCUGGGCAGCAGCACACAACCCAAAGAAUUUUUCAGACUGCGAUAUCUUUGUUCCAGAGCGAUGGACAUCUAAGGAGUACGAGGCGGAUUUCAAGAAGGGCAUGCAGCCGUUCUCGCUGGGGCCGAGAGGCUGUAUCGGCAAGCACUUGAGUUAUAUGGAGAUGCGGUUGAUUCUUGGUCGUCUCCUUUGGAACUUUGAUGUGGUUUCGACGGACGGGGCGUGGCAGUGGGAUCCCACAGAUGAGAUGAAGAAUAUGAGAGCAUACAUGACCUGGGAGAAACCCGACCUCAACGCAAAGGUGCGUGAGGUGCGGAGAUGA